AGGCCAUAUCGAUUGGAAUUGUAGUGUACUAGAAGUCUGCUGUGCAUCAUGGCCGUGUUGCUAUUUUUACGUCGUUUUGGCGCAACCGUUUGUUCUAGUGACGCUUGAUUCUAAUGGAGACGCUGACCAAGGUCUUUGCGACGACGCCGGGCACGGAGGAGAUCAGUCUCCAGCAUGCCCGCCUCUACUCGCUCGAGCCUCUCUUGCCUCUUCUCCGGCAGUUCAAGGAGCUGCGCCACCUCGACGUGAGCCACAACGGCCUCUCGUCGCUUCCCACCGAGAUGGCUCAGCUCACGCGACUGGUCGCGCUUGAUGUUUCGCACAACCCAUUCCCAUCGAUACAAGCCGUGCUGCCCGUGUUGCAGGAGCUCCCGUCGCUCAAGAGUCUGUCCAUCACGUUGGCGUCGGUGACCGACGAGAGUCUCGUCAUGGCGGCGCUACCAAAACUCCGCAUCCUCAACGCCGCACCCUUGUCCUUCGGCGGCCCCCCAAGUUACACGCCAUUCAGCCCGCGCCAUCCUCCUCCUCCAACGGCACAUUGCCGAUGGAUCACGUUCAAAACGUCGCCAGUAUUGUCAGCGUUCUAAAAAGCAUUGGGGAUCCGUCGCCGGACGAAGCGCUGCGCAUGAGCCGCAUGUUUGACCAGCAAAUGGAGCUCGUGGCCAUGUCGCUCAAGCAAGAAUUGGCGGCCGGCGACCACGAGGCAGCGACGUUGCUCCACGCAAAGUUCAAAGUCCUCGCCGCCUGCGCGAGCCUCGCGACACAGAAAGCCGGCGAGUGCCACCCGGAGCUCGGGCUCGCUAUCCAGUCGCUCACGUUUCUCCACCACGAGUUGAUGACGUCGUACCACGCACUCGUGCUCACGCUUGUCGACGCGAGCCGCCACGAAGCGGCGCCCGGGCAACUCCAGCAGCUUUUGGAGGUGGCCGAGGGCCUCGAGACGGACCUCCAGACGAGCCAUGCAGCCUUGGCUCUCGAGAAGAAGCGCGUUGCGCAGCUGCAGGAUGAAAACCUCCGGCUGCGGCAUCAGCUCGGCGACAAUCGGCCGCGAACCCCGAGCAUUCACCCUCACGAGGUCGCGCCUGUCGUCGCGGCCAAGCCGCCACCGCCGCCACCGGCGCGAAAGGUGUCACCACCGGCCGUGCCCGUCGUGCUUGUCAAGAAGGACAAGCCAACGCGCCAGGAAAGCAACAACAACCAUUCUGCAUCGCGGCCGCGGCGCCCUGAGGUGGUCGAGCAUACGAUCAAGCCGUCGAUGCUGCCGCCCGCGGCGUCGCCGACGCCGACGACGGUGAAAAACCUGACGUUAAAGCAGCUCCGCGACAUGAUUAAUGCGAUUUACGCGUCGAAAGCCAAGCACGACGAGAUGUGCGCGGCCAACUGCGCCCCGAAAGAGACGAUGGAGCAGCACAUGUACACGUAUUUGAACCAGCGCUUUGGACUCCAGUCCCUCAUUGUUGAGUAUGCAAGCGCUAUCAUGAAGGGGUGCACGCGGUACAUGAAAUCGGACGCGGACGUCGCGACGUUCUUUCAUGUCGUGCGCAACGACAUGGACGAAGGCUUCUUGCGCUUGAAGAGCAAGCUCGAAGAGACCGUUCUCGCCCUCCUCCGCGCCUUCCUCCGUGGCCUGCACCCGCGCAAGUCGGAAGGCGCGCUCAAUCAGCUUAUCCAAGCCAAGCUCAUGGACCAAACGCUAUUGAGCGAAGACGAGUGGCACAGCGUCGUCAAGUACAUGUAUGACGCGCACGACUGUCACGCGAUCGUGCGGCUCGUCGAGUCGCAGGUCGUGCAGGACGACAACAACGGCAAGCGCAGCCUUGCCUAUUCGACGUUUCGCAAGAUAUUGCUCAACUACCAAAUGCACGGGCGACUGCGCAUGCUCGAGGAGUUUUGCCGCCACUUUCAGCAAGUGGAUAUUGAGACCGUUGGCGUCAUCUCCCAGACGGAGGACGAAGUCGACAGCGUUGUGCAUCAAGCCGACCCCCACGGCACGAACGCCAUCACGUUUUCCGAUGCGGUUGAAGUGCUUUUCAAGGACAUUCGAAGCCACAAAACGGCGACAGUAGGUGUGUCCUAGUCGUUCGCUGCGUCGUAUGACCAAUGCAUAUGCAUCCACCUUGCGUGGGACUGUCCAUGUUGUCAACCCCUUGGUACAAAGUGUGUUUCUCGCCCAAGAAUCUCACAUCAACAACCAAGUUGCUCGCAUCUUUCUUUGUCUUGGCUGACAGCUUUUGCCGCAGCUUGGCCGG